CUGACACAAGGUUAUUUUACUGCAAUCUUCCAGCUGYUGAAAGUUGGUAGCUUUGAAGAGCACUUUAUACUCCCGUCYUUYGCAAAGAUGUGGUCAGUAACUGUUAAGAAGGACUCGUUUACAGCGAGUGAGAGUGAGAAAUGCUCAGGCAUAGAGAACACCACAGUGCAAUCUCCAGAUGUUGAAAUGAAAGAUGUCACACAAUCAACACAACUGGUCACACCAUCUUCAUCAACAUCUCAUGAAGGUGGUGCUUCAAUGAAAGCUGAUGUCACAGAGUCCACACAACCUGACAGACCAUCUACAACUACAGUAACCAAAGAAAAAGAAUCUUCUCAAACAAAAAUCAAAGAAAAAUCACCAAUCMUGCCAUCAGAACAACUAAAUGAAGAUGGAGUGUCUGAUGAAAUGCAGUUUGAGCCCACAGAAUCAACUGUUGCGGCCACACUUGUAAAAGAACACAUCUAUAAAGUUCUKUCAUCUCCAUGGCUUGACACAGAUGGUCAAAUUGACAACAAGGUGUUCAUAUCUCUACUUCAUGCKGUGUUGUCRGCAAUUGUAAAUAAUCCUGGAAUAACUGAGUCUAGUUUAUGUAAAAAGUUUAUGAAAGCAGUUCGACCUGUUCCACUAAGUCAUGUAUUAGAGUAUCUCAUUGAAGUAGGAUGCAUCACUAAACAUGGAAUGACAGCAACAAAACCUUCCCUUUUUUCAUCAGAUGUUACAGAAGUGUUCUAUUUCAUACCAGUCCCUGACUGCAUUGUGACACUUGCAAAACUCACACACAAUGUGACAUGACACURGAUUGUGUGACUGUGUAUUGUGUGACAUUUGUAGUCCUUCAGUAAUUUUUGAGUCAAAUAACUAAAAUGGAUUUUAUCCAUGCUUGGAAUACACCCAGGAAUUCUAUUUAAUAUAAAUAUUAAGAAAAUGUUUUCAUUAAAGAAAGAAAGCAUUAUUGAA